AAAUAAAAAUGCUGCAACAAGUCAAAUAUAAAGAGUCGAUAUUCCGUGUAUUUAUGUAUGGCGACUACGAAUUUCUGUGUGCAAUGUAUGGUAUAACUGGUGCAAAUGGGCGUCACAGCUGUUUGUUUUGCAACAUUACCUCAAAACUAAUGAACAUCCCAGUGUUUACUCGCAAGAAAUUUAAGAAAAGGUCACUGGCGACACUUGAAGAAAAUUUAGCAGAUUUCCGUGAAAGUGGUGGGAGCCCUAAAAAUGCGAAAGAAUUUUAUAAUGUCAUUGACAACAUAUUUUUUGACAUACCUAUUGAUCAAGUCUGUAUUCCUGGUCUUCAUAUUUCCUUGGGUGUAUAUCAAAAGAUGUUUAAAAUGUUUGAGUCUUCUUGCCAAGACUAUGAUGUAAAAAUAGCUCUGCUGUUGGCAACAGAAGACAAUGAACUGGAUUCAGAUUAUGGUGACUACAUCGAAGUCCUUAAAGAAACAAAUGACUUGCAGCAAAAGCUGGAAGAUGAAAAAGCCAAAUUAGCAAACCAGCAAGAUCAGUUAAACUGGCUUGUAAUAUCUGGUGGCUUACAACGAAAUAUACUGACGUACGAGAAAAGUAUAAUAAAAACUGAGAAGAAAAUCACAGAAUUAGAAUUAGAAAUCUCAACCUUGGGAAACAACAAAAGAAUUUUAGUGGGUGUUGGUCCUUGUGCUUCUUCAAUAGAUAAAACGCUGCAAAAAAUGGGUGUUGAACGUCAGGCCUACCAUGGCCAAAGUUUUAUCGGCAACCAUGUACAUAAAUUGCUAAAGAAAGAAAACAUCCAAAAUUUAACAUCCAGCAUUAAAGAGAUUGUUGCAGCACAAAAGCAUGAUGACCAGCUUAUUCACAGUGUGAAUUUAGAAAUGGAUAAGUACGACAUGUUAUUUACUUACUUUGCAGAAGUUCAUAACAUUUACAAUUCGGCAAAAUAUCUGUCAUGUGAGGAAAUACUGGCUUUAGAAAUUUCAAUUAAUAAAUUCAUGAUGCAUCUGCGAACUAACUGGCCAAAAGUUAAUAUUUCACCAAAACUGCAUAUGCUUGAAGAUCAUGUCACUGAGUUCAUAGCAAAAUGGAAUGUUGGAUUUGGGUUUUAUGGCGAACAAGGUGGAGAAAGCUUGCAUCAUGAAAUCAACAGGAUGUCGAGCAGGUACAGCUGCAUCAAAAACCCAGUCGAGCGGUUACGAAAUACAUUAAAGCAACAUUUUGUUAAUGUAAAUCCUGAAUCGAGCCAAUUAAAACCAAAAAUUAAAAAAAGAAAAAUUGCACGUGAAGAAUAACUUUUAGACUUACAGCUUAGAUAGCUAGUUAUAUCUUUAACUGCAUAUUAGCAUUACUUUGCAAGCUCCUUUAGUCUUUGCAUUAUUUCAAAGGUGGAUCAGCUGGUCUAGAAAGAAAAAGAAUUGAACAGUUAAUUAGCUUACUACAUGCAUAGUUCAUUUUUAUUUGACUUUUUGUCGAGCUUACGUUAGUAGUGUAUGAGACGCAGAAACCUUAUUUAGAGUUACAGAAUUGUUUAUAUAGAAUGUUGUUUAGUGUUGUUAUUCUGUGAAAUAUUAGCUUAGUAAACUACAACAGUUUUAAUGCCUACAAUAAAUCAUACAGUAGAUUAUGUCAAAGAGGGAGUUAAAAUUUUCAGGUUUUACACUAACUUUUAUUGCCAGAAUUCAGCGCUCUAGCAUUCUUUCAGAAGUACUGAUACAGUUUUUUCGUUUUUCUUACCUUGUAGAUGAGCCUUUCAGCUUUCCAAAAAUAUAUAAUACACCAGCCACAUAACUUCGCAACGUCCACAAAACCAAAAAUUAGUUGGAACAAGUUGCCAUGUUAAUUUUAACAAAAAAAAGUAUGCCUUCAAAACUGCCACAGUAUUACUCCAACAGCAUGCUUGUCGCAAAGGUAAAAGAAAGAUUUAGCUUCCAGCGUGUUGAAAUGCUUUAAAAAACUAAAUUAAAUCCACUGAAAUAGAUUCUAUCAUGCAAAAGCGAUUUCAAAAAGUUAGUUACUUAUUUAUCAUGAUUGUUUUUAUUUGCGCCCGCCAUCUUGCGCCUCAACGUGGCCGUAAUUAUUGACGCAUGCGCAGUCUUAGUUUCCGCUCUGAAACAGCCGUGGAGCCGGUACAACUACUUUCAAGGUGCGCCAGGUGUGGCCUUUUUGCCGCAUUAACAAACCUAUCAAGAAACCAAAAUGCCCGAUUUUUAUAGUGGAAUAUAGGUUUAAUAAAAUGAUAUAAAAACCUUCUUUUUUCCAACUUAUUUGAAAUGAAUAUAUAGGAUAGAGAACGACGUAGUUACAAAAUUCAGACGACUUGCGUUAAUUUAAUAAAUAAAAUGAGGUUAAGAACGUUGACUGUCGCGGCUAAAAUAAAGAUUUUAUAAAAGUAGAGAUAUCCGUAUUCUAUGAUGUUUACUUGCCAUGGAGGUCAGAGCCGACGACAUUGUUUUAAAGUGAACAGAAAACGGUGCCCCCGUAUGGUUAGACGCCGAGAAGUGAUUUGGAUUUCAGAUCCUUUAAAAUGGCCUCGAAUUGUUUCAUUUUAGGUGCUUUUUCAUGUCAAACUACAUAAAUGUGUCAAUAUUCGCAAAAAGCUACUGACUUUUUUAGACUCAAGCAAAAAAGAGGUGGGAAAAAGGAACAGAGAUGUGCAUUAUAAGCAGUAUUUAAAAGUUUCGACAUAUAUUUUAAAAAAGUUAACGAACGGGUAUGCUUUGUAUGUUUGGUGAAAUAUUUUUUUGGUUCUAAUUUUCGCGUAAAUUGAUUUUUGCACAUUUGCUAAAUUUUGAUUAUUCGCAAAAUUGAGUACCAGCAAAAUAUUCUAUCAGAUACCGUCGCGAAAAAGGGGAGGGUAAUUAAAAGGCAAAUAGCCAUACGUGGAGCUGCUGCUAUAAAACAAACUUGUGGAUCCUCCCGCCAACCGGUAUUCUUGAAUUUUCUAAGUCUCAGAAGAAGAAGAAGAAGAAGAAGAAGAAGAAGAAGAAGAAGAAGAAGAAGAAGAAUAAGAAGAAGAAGAAGAAGAAGAAGAAGAAGAAGAAGAAGAAGAAGAAGAAGAAGAAGAAGAAGAAGAAGAAGAAGAAGAAGAAGAAGAAGAAGAAGAAGAAGAAGAAGAAGAAGAAGAAGAAGAAGAAGAAGAAGAAGAAGAAGAAGAAGAAGAAGAAGAAGAAGAAGAAGAAGAAGAAUAU